UUCAGAGGGUCUAUCUCCGCGUUCCACAAGUCUUUCUCCAAUUUGCAUUCCCUCUCCCUCUCUCUCUCUCUCUCUCUCUCUCUACCAUUCCCUCUCCUUCGCUCUCUCUCUCUCACUCUCUACCUCUACGCACCACGUCACCCCCUUCCUUCGAGAUUCAAAUCGGAGCAGGAGGAUUUCGGAAAAGAAAAAAGGAAAAAAAAAUUGUACACAUCCAUGGGAUAGAGACAAGACGAACGACAAAUUCUUUUUUCAGAUUCAGGCCCCAAACCAAGAGCUUUGAAGGUUUGUGUUUCGCCCGGGAUCAUUGUUUCUCUGUGAAAAAAUGGCAUCGAAUUCGACAGUUCCAAAGUGUCCGGCCCCGAUGAAGGCGACAUCCAACGGCGUCUUCCAAGGCGACAACCCUCUUGACUUUGCGCUCCCUCUUGCGAUUUUGCAGAUAUGCCUGGUGGUUGUUCUCACGCGAGGUCUUGCUUUUCUUCUAAGGCCAUUGAGGCAGCCUCGUGUCAUUGCCGAGAUUGUUGGUGGAGUUUUACUGGGUCCGUCGGCUUUGGGUCGCAACCUAACUUAUCUGCAUGCGGUUUUCCCACCGAAGAGCUUAACUGUACUGGACACCCUAGCCAAUCUCGGUCUCCUCUUCUUCCUAUUUCUCGUGGGCCUAGAGUUAGACCCAAAGUCCCUCCGUCGGACUGGAAAGAAAGCUUUGUGCAUUGCCAUUUCCGGAAUCAGCCUUCCCUUUGUACUGGGAAUCGGAUCAUCUUUUGCCCUCCGAGCAACCAUUUCCGAAGGUGUAAGUAAAGCCCCAUUUCUCGUAUUCAUGGGUGUGGCCCUCUCCAUCACUGCCUUCCCUGUCUUGGCCCGCAUCCUAGCUGAGCUCAAACUCUUAACCACCGAUAUUGGCCAGAUGGCAAUGUCAGCUGCAGCUGUCAAUGAUGUGGCGGCUUGGAUUCUACUCGCUCUCGCCAUUGCCCUCUCUGGGACCAAAAAUUCUCCCGUUAUUUCCGUGUGGGUCCUUGUGUGUGGCUGUGCAUUUGUCAUUAUUUGUAUACUCGUCGUGCCGCCUGUAUUCAAGUGGAUGGAGAACCGUUGCCCUGAAGGAGAGCCGGUCAAUGAAACAUACGUCUGCGGAAUUUUGGCUUCCGUUUUGGCAGCGGGGUUUGUCACGGAUUCCAUUGGAAUUCACGCAUUAUUUGGUGCUUUUGUGAUCGGGGUUCUGGUCCCAAAGGAAGGGCCAUUUGCCGGUGCUCUAGUGGAAAAGGUUGAGGAUCUUGUGUCUGGUUUGUUCCUUCCUUUGUACUUCGUUUCGAGCGGGUUGAAAACUAAUGUAGCCACCAUCCAAGGGGCCCAGUCUUGGGGCCUUCUUGCUUUGGUCAUAUCCACAGCUUGUAUUGGGAAGAUUGUUGGAACUGUUGGGGUCUCACUUAUGUGCAGAGUGCCUUUUCGCGAGGCUCUAGCGUUAGGGUUCUUAAUGAACACUAAAGGCUUAGUCGAGCUCAUCGUCCUCAACAUUGGGAAAGACAGAGGGGUUUUGAAUGAUCAAACAUUCGCGGUUAUGGUUCUAAUGGCUCUCUUUACAACCUUCAUCACAACACCUCUAGUCAUGGCAGUAUACAAACCGGCUAAGAUGGCGAAGACCGAAUACAAGCACAGGGCAAUUCAGAGGAAAAACCUGAAUUCUCAGCUCCGGAUUCUCGCUUGUUUCCAUAGCGUGAGGAAUCUCCCCACCUUGAUUAAUACCAUUGAGGCUUCUCGUGGGACUGAGAAGAGGGAAGGGUUAAUUGUCUACGCCAUGCACCUCAUGGAGCUCUCUGAGAGGUCAUCGGCAAUACAAAUGGUGCACAAAGCAAGAAGGAAUGGAUUGCCAUUCUGGAACAAGGGACAGAAUUCCGAUACCAACCAAAUCGUCGUUGCUUUUGAGACUUUCCAGCGGUUGAGCCGGGUUGUUAUCCGGCCAAUGACAGCGAUUUCUUCGAUGAACACCAUGCACGAGGACAUAUGUGCAAGUGCAGAAAGAAAAGAGGCUGCGAUGGUGAUUCUCCCUUUCCAUAAGCAUCAAAGGCUUGACGGGCAGUUAGAGACCACUCGGAAUGAUUUUAGGCACGUUAAUAGGCGAGUUCUUGAGCACGCCCCGUGUUCAGUUGGGAUCUUGGUGGACCGCGGGCUUGGUGGGACUGCUCAGGUAUCAGCAAGCAGUGUUGAUUCGGGCAUAACCGUGAUUUUCUUUGGGGGGCAUGACGAUCGUGAAGCUCUGGCUUAUGGGGCCCGAAUGGCUGAGCACCCCGGGAUUAACCUAGUUGUUAUUCGCUUUACAGUACACCCUGAUGUUGUCGGGGAGAUUGUGAGGGUUAACGUGGAUGAGAGUUCUAAUGGUGAACCAGGUGAGGCAAAGUCCGCGGAUGAACACUUCCUAGCUGAAUUCAAGGAGAAAAUUGUGAACAACGGAUCGGUGAGGUAUGAAGAGAGGGCAGUGAGAAACGGUGCUGAAGCAGUUGAAGCCAUUCGCGAGCACAGUCGUUGCAAUCUGUUUCUGGUUGGAAGAAUUCCAGAGGGAGAGUUAGUUGCAUCUCUGAAUGGAAAGCGCGAGUGUCCUGAAUUGGGUCCGGUAGGCAGCCUAUUGACUUCGCCGGAUUUCUCAACCGCAGCGUCGGUUUUGGUAGUGCAACAGUACCGCAGAAAGUUGUCCCUGGAAUCCUUGGCUUCCCUGCGCGUCCGAGAUUCGCCCGAGAGAGAUUCUGGUAACAGCUGAUUUAUUUUCUUUUCCCGGGUCUUCAAUAAUUGACAGUGUCGAGAUCAGUAAAAUGUCAAGUCGAAAAUGAAAGGAUACAUAUGAUACGAUUAAAUAUUUUGUUGUUGUUCCCUCUUCAUUUAACUCAUGCUCUAUUCAAUGAUAAUUGUGAAGUUAAAUGGUUA